ACCUGAAAAGUCAAUACGCUACAAUCGCUGAUUAGAACAAAUAAUGAUCAUUUUAUUUUGAAAUUUCAAACAAGGAAACGCAUUUGUACUUUGUGUAACUUGACAUUGAAACCUUCCAUCUAGAUAGUAGACUGAAGUCAUGGCAGACCUUGGCAUCAAAUCAGGAGACAAGGUGCUGCUGGUUUGGACUCAGCCCUCAGAACCAGCAGCCCUGAAACAGUAUGCAGAGGAACUGGGUGCCAUUGUUGGUGCAGAGGGCAAAGUAUCAGUGGAGAAUAUGGAAAGAUUAUUGCUAUCCUCCCACUCAGCGUCCACUUUUGACUGUGUCCUCUCUUGCCUUCUGGCUGACAGCUUCUCCGUCCACAGUUCAGAGACUUUAGCAGAAAUAGUCAGAGUGCUCAAACCUGGUGGGAAGCUAGUUCUGGAUGAAGCAGUUACAGGAGUUGAAAUGCAGACUGUGAGGACUACUGAGAAGUUGAUGUCGGUUCUAAAGUUGUCAGGCUUCACAGCGAUAACUGAGGUCAGUAAAGCCGACCUGAGUCCCGAGGUGUUGAACUCCCUCGCAACGACCACUGGUUACCAAGGAAACAGUCUGUCUAGAGUCCGCAUGUGUGCCUCCAAACCCAACUUUGAGGUGGGCUCAUCUAGCCAGAUUAAACUGUCAUUUGGGAAAAAGACGCCAAAGCCUGCAGAGAAACCUGCUCUGGACCCCAACACUGUCAAAAUGUGGACGCUGUCAGCCAAUGACAUGAAUGAUGAUGAUGUGGACCUGGUGGACUCUGAUGCUCUGCUGGAUGAAGAGGACUUGAAGAAACCAGAUCCAGCUUCUCUUAAAGCACCCAGCUGUGGAGAGGGAGCUGGCAAGAAGAAAAAAGCCUGCAAGAACUGCACAUGUGGUCUUGCUGAAGAGCUGGAGCGGGAAAGUGAAGGAAAACAAAAGAGUAAUUUGCCAAAAUCAGCCUGUGGAAGUUGUUACCUUGGUGAUGCUUUCCGAUGUGCCAGCUGUCCAUACCUGGGGAUGCCAGCAUUCAAACCGGGAGAGAAGAUUUUGCUGGACAACGAGACGCUGACAGACGCUUGAAACACUGGAUUUCACACAUCACAUCGCUCAUGAUUCAAAACAUUACAUUCCUUCUUUUUUUUUUUUCUUCCAUCCACA